AAUGGACGAGCCUCUACUUCGAUUUCUCGGAUAUUUGCGGUGAAUUUUGUGAGCUGGAGGUCGAGGAGGUGUCCUUGUUUGAUCUACGGGUCGAAUGUGCGGUCGAGCUCGAGGAGGCGUGCUGUUCUUGCGUCGUGCGCCGCCGGAGCUCAGGAGGAGGUCAAGAAUCUAAGGCCGUUUCUUAGAGCGCGAAAUGAAGAAGAGUUGCUUUCCAUUGUUAGAAAGGAAGCUGAAAGUGGAAGACUUUCCUCAAAUAUUGCUGAUGGGCUGGAGGAGCUGUUUUUCAAUUAUCGGAAUGCGGUUUUACAAAGUGGAGUACCCGGUGCGAACGAGAUCAUAUUAUCUAAUAUGGCUGUUUUAUUUGAUCGUAUUUUGUUGGAUGAAGAGGUUCCUUUUGAGUUUUCAUCUCAUCAUGUGGCAAUACGAGAACCUUUUGACUACUACAUGUUUUCACAGAAUUAUAUUCGGCCGUUGAUAGAUUUCAGAAACUCAUACGUCGGCAACAUCUCUCUUUUCCAUGAAGUGAAUCAAAAGCUCCAGCAGGGCCAUAACAUUAUUUUGAUUUCAAACCAUCAAUCUGAAGCAGAUCCCGCAGUCAUUUCAUUAUUGCUUGAAAGAACACAUCCCUGUAUUGGUGAGAAAAUGACCUAUGUAGCAGGAGAUAGGGUUAUUGUUGAUCCACUUUGCAAGCCUUUCAGUAUGGGAAGAAAUCUUCUGUGCGUAUAUUCGAAAAAACACAUGGAUGAUGAUCCUAAGCUCACUGAAUCGAAAAAGAAAGCAAAUACUCGUACUCUUAAGGAACUGGCUUUGCUUUUAAGGGCUGGAUCACAACUAAUUUGGAUUGCACCAAGUGGUGGUAGGGACCGUCCAGAUCCACACACAGGGGAGUGGUCUCCUGCACCAUUUGAUGCAUCUUCAGUUGACAAUAUGAGAAGGCUUUUGGAGUAUUCCAACGUUCCAGGGCACAUAUAUCCCCUAGCAUUGCUAUGCUAUGAAAUCAUGCCUCCCCCACCACAGGUAGAAAAGCAUAUCGGGGAACGAAGAAAAAUUUCCUUCCAUGGGGUUGGUCUAUCAAUAGCUCCAGAAUUGAAAUUCGAGACUGUUGAUGGUUGUUCAAAUCCAGAAGAGGCCAAAGAAGCUUAUGCACAAGCUUUAUAUGACUCAGUGACUGAGCAAUACGAUGUGCUCAAAUCUGCUAUUUACGGAUAUGAUGGAGUCAAUGCAUCAAAUUCAGUUGUAACUCUUUCACAACCAUGGAAAUAAAUAAAUAUUUUACAGAGGUCAAUUUCUUGCUCUUAAUCAUUUCUUAACACAAAAUUUUCCCUUCACGAUUACUAAAUUUUCUUAUUGUUGGGUGCGUGUAGUAGGAUAAUGAUGUUACUAGGCAAAUUACCUUUUUGACUGCCUAAUGAGGUUGCACUAAAUGUAUUAAGCUUGUAUUUUGUUUUGGUUUAAAAACAUGUGUUUACACACACACACAAUGAUGGAUGUAAGCAUGGAUGAAGAUCUACAGAGAGAGAGAGAGAGAGGCGACCAAGGGGAAGUUCCUAAAGAUUUGGGAAAUCCUUCACAUUUCAAAUUUAGAUUUGCGAGCGCAUCUAAUUGUUCUAGAUGAUGAUGAUGAUGAUUAUAAAGUGAUUUGCACCCUCAAUUUAUAUGAUCGAAACCAUUGGUUGGAACUUUUUGUUAUUUGUAUCCAUCUUUCGUAUACCACUUGUAGUUAAAGGUGAUUUCAAAACCAUAUGAUCUUUUGUAGCAUGUUUUAGACUGUGUAACUGAAGAAGGAUGGAAUUGAUCUGCAAUUUGUAAAUGAAUUCCAUAAGUUGAUCGGUAUUA